AACGUACUCUUAAAGGUUAAAGGUUUGUUCUCUUCGUUUCUGAAAUGAUUUCGGCUUGAAUAACUUUGUGAAUCGCGAUCCUCAGGCCUAAUUAUGUCCCAAUCAGGAGAUCGUCUAAAGCAGUUAGAGGAGAUCGAAAAGGAUGUUGUGAAAGUAAUAAGGAGUGCAGGAGAAACCUUAGAAGAACUUUCAAAAGACGCACCUUCAGAAGAUCGUAUAAACUCAACGGCUACGAAGUUCCUAAAGUCUUUAGAGGGAGUGGAAAAAGGCUUAACUGAACAGAUUGGUUACCUCACUCAAGUUGCCACUGGCCAACCACAUGAAGGAUCUACUUAUGGAGCUGAAAAGGAUUUUGAGUUGUUACGCUGCAGAACAAAAGCUAUUAAAGAUCAGUUGGUAGAGAUUCAACAUCAAGGGACACAUCAAGUAUCAGACAUGAAUUGAUCUUCCACACUGAACUGAUGGUGCCUGUGAACUUCAGUCUUGAAUGAAUCUAUGUGCUGCAUUUUAGAUGUAAAUAGGAGAGAAAAGGCAAGAUGUUUUAAAAAGUCAGUUGAGUGGGUGCAGAAGUACCAAGUGACUUUUGAUGCCUCAUUUACUUCUCCCUUUGUUUCACAAGGGAAAAACAGAAAAUUCAUAAGGAGAAUCCAGCAGUCCAUCAAAAGAAAUUCUGUAAAAAAUAGUUGUAGGUUAAGGAGUUACAUCACAAUAUGGUUGAAUCUCCCCUUGUGUCUUGUAAGAACGUUAGAUAGGGAAUGCGAUGGGAAUGGCAAAAAUAGAAAGAAUACAAGAACGGCAGCAGUUGUCUAAGAAAAAACUGGGGGGGGUGGGUAAAGAGGAAGAAGAUUUGAAUGGAAUGCAGUUCAGGAGGAACUUGCAAAACUCAGCCAAAGUUAUUCACUAUUGAGAAUUGAUAAUCCACAUGCAAUUCCAGAGCAUUUUGGGAUGGUGAGGGAACAAGGUACAAAAAGUCAAUAGGUUUCUUCAGUCAGCCAGUUAUGUGCUUCGUAAGUACCUGUCAACCACUUCCUUGGCAGACCAAGAGAACGUUGCAUUAAAAUGUUUUUAAUCCUCCUCAAAAACUUUUUAUAAUUGGCUUAUGUAGACUAUAUUUUUCUGCAGUUGAACUUCGCUAUUCAAACUGUCAUCCUAGCUUCAUUACGAGCAAGCUAAUACGGUUCUCUAAGAACAUUGUGUUUCUCAUGUUAUCAAAUUAAUACCUUAUAAGAACAUUACUGUCAUAAGUUAUGUAUCAAUUAGCUCCUCGUUUUUUUACUCUUGACUACGAGACGGAUUACAUCUUGCCACUCUCAGAAUUGUGACACACACUUCGUUGGAGUUUACCGAUUUAUAGGAAUGUCAAACGGCGGAGCGGUUUGAUACGUUUUAUCGGCAUAACACUCAUUAAGAUACCGUGUAGGUAACUUUAGAAAUAGUUUCUUCUAGCUACAAGCCAUCGCUAAUAACUAACUUAGAUGCAAUCGUUCGUGACUUUAGAGUUUUUAGAACUAUUGGAAAUUGGAAACAAAACCUUUCAAAGCAAUAAUCCCGAUAGUUCUCGUUUAUGAUUCAAUUAUUUAACUCUGUACUCCGGCUUUCAGGAUCACCUCCAGCGGACUGUGUGACGAAGAAAGAGUUUGUCCUUUCCUUAGUACGUUCAACAGACAUUUUCAAACCUCGCAAUCUUCUUAAUUCUUUGGCUUUGCUGGUAAUUACAUCGUGCUUUUCCUUAACUUCUUUGAACUCCACUCGGAAAGUCUUAAGGUAAAAUCGUCUUUCAUCUUCAAGAUGUCGUAAUUCUCUUUCUAAAUAGGUAUCAUAAAGUCUGUUGACUUUUCGAACAUACUCCUCCGCGUCUCUCGACUUUGCUGUCAUUUCUGUGAGAACUCCGCAAUCGUGAACUUCUUUUAAGAUUUUCCAACAAAGCUGAUAAUGUUCUUAAGUGAAAUCCUCGCUGAGAUUAUGUUUUUGUUCGCAACUGCACUACAACAUCGAAAAGUUUGUGGAAAACUUAGAAAAUUAAACAUAGCCGUCCAUCUA